CUUAACAUGACGGGUACCACUCCUCCUCCCGGAUAAACCGGACUUUGUCUUAACUUCCAUUGCUCGGUAAUAAAGUGUCGUAUUGCUUCAUCAAGCUCAACUAUAGAAAAGAUAUUAACGUGUUUUCGCUGUUAAAUUUUACUGACGCUACACGAUGAGGAAAAGGAUUGAUAAACACGAUGAUUCAUCCUCAGCAGCCAGCGACGUUCAGAGAACCGUUGGACUCCAGAGGAAGGAGGGAGCACCGUACCGAUGGUGGCUGAAAAGAGGAUUAUUUGCCAUAUUUGUUAUCUUCAUUUUGGCGCCUUUCAUGCUGAGAAUACUCCCUGAAUUAAUCCAGCACCUUGUUUACACUCACAGAAUCAGGCUACCAUUCUUUGUUGACCUCAGCCGACCCACUGAUCUCUCCCUAAAUCACACCACCAACAUGUACUUAACAUCAGAGGAAGGAAUCUCCCUUGGCGUAUGGCACACUGUCCCUGAAAGUCAGUGGAAAGAGGCACAGGGGAAGGACUUGGCUUGGUACCAGAACUCUUUAAGCGAUGGAAGUCCAAUUUUCAUAUAUCUUCAUGGGAACACAGGCACAAGGGCAGCCACUCAUCGCGUGGGAGUAGCAAAGGUAUUGAGUGCACUUGGUUACCAUGUGCUGGUGCCCGACUACAGAGGGUUUGGAGAUUCCACCGGGGAGCCGACUGAAGCCGGUCUGACCACUGAUGCCCUCUACUUGUACAACUGGGUCAAAGAACGCAGUGGAAGCAGCCUAGUAGUCAUCUGGGGACACUCUCUUGGCACUGGAGUGGCUACUAACACUGCAGUCAAACUGCUUGAGCAAGAUGUGGUCUUUGAUGGUGUGAUCCUGGAGGGUACAUUCAAUAGUGCUCGACAGCCUGUCACAUUUCAUCCCUUUUUUUGGUAUUACUGGAAAUUUCCAGGCGCUGGGUACUUAUUCCCAGAGCCAUGGGCAGAAAACAAGAUUGUCUUUCCUACUGAGGAAAAUUUAAAGAAAAUGAAAAGUCCGAUACUUUUCCUUCAUGCAGAGGAUGAUCACUUAGUUCCCAUUCAGGUUGCUCAGCAGCUGUACAAGGUAGCAGCAAGAAGCCAGAAUGCAGAGCGAGUGAAGCUGGUGUCAUUUGAUGGCUCUCUGGGGUAUCUGCACAACGGCUUAUACAGAGACCACCAUGUGCCUGACAUCAUAAAGAAGUUUGUGCUGUCGUUGUAAAGUGGGAGCGACGCCUAAUGCAGAAAAACCUCGCCACACUUCAGACACAGAACACUGGUUUAAUUGGUUUUUAAAUGUUUUCUUUAUCUUUACUGCAACAUUGUUGAUUGGUUCAUAAGUAUGUGAUUGACUGUAGAUAUAUAUAUGUACAUAUAUAUAUAUAUAUAUAUGUAUAUUUGAUCAAUUCAGAAUGUUUCUGUCCAGUGUUUUGAAAAUAAUAUAGUAAAAUAGUUCAGGGAAACAGAUAUUAAUUUGUUUGUUAAUCCAUUACAAUUGUUUAAGAUGUAAUUUAAUUGUUAAGUGCUGAUUUCUUUCAUAUCUGUGUGUAAUUUAUUCUAAAUUAUCAGAACUGAAAAUAUUGGAAAUGUAAUUGGGUUGAGACAUUGUUACAAUAGGUGCCCUCUACUGGGCAUUGAUGUGUGAUGAUAAUGCUCAUCUCUAAUACUGGAUAAUCAGCUUGGCAUGUCUAUGUGUUGGUGAAGUUUUGUGAUAAUACAAAUAGAUGUGUUAUUAUAGUGGUAGGAAAAAGCAUGAAUUCUUAGUUAUUUCUGUUCAACCAAAGAAUGUUAAUAUUUGUUUCAAGAAUUUCAGGUUAUGUGUCAUUGCAAUUUAAUUUAAUCAACCAGCGGUCUAUUACACGUCUGUACUACAUUUUAGGCAAUUUUUGUUAUCAGAAAACACACUUUAACAUUUGAAAAACUCAAGGAGAUAUCGGUUCAUAUAUUAUAUAUAUAGUUCAUAUAACACGACUUAACAUCUCAUUAUUUUAUUGUUGUUUUACAGACUAGCAGAAUUGUUUAAAGUCUACUUUAAGAAUCUGCUCUACUGUCAGGAUUCUUCUAUGAGACCAACGUUUAAGAUCUAUAAGAAUCAGUGACUACUAGUAGUAGUAGUUACACUCGCAACACUGCAGACUUGCUUGUGCUUCAGAAAUGGUUCAAAAUGUAUUUAGUUGUUGAUUUUGUAAAAUAUACAUGAAGCUUUUGUUUUCUGACAAAGUGAAAUAAAAAAUUCACCCCUUCUGCUCACUUGUGC